CCCUCACGGGUGAAAAAUCAAGAGUCGAAGGCUACCGAACGUGCGCUCACUCGUUCGACCAUCGUCCUCCUCGAUGAUAAGCAGGGGUGGUAGAGCACUCGAACCUAAUAAGUGAGCUUCCAGGUCGCGGAGAGGGACCGGCGGAAGAAAAGGUUAGAGGUGGCCAUCUUCCAAGAUACCCACUAGCGCGUCCAUUUCCCAACUUCUUUCCCUUGGCUGGUGCAAGAAAGAUGGGAUUUUUCGAGCUCUGAGACCACUUGUUCAUCUGAUUCUUGUGCUGUGGAUCCCGCUCGGUUCCCUGCCAGUUCUGGAUUUUGGCUUCUCGAUUUGUUGUCUGUUUUCUCGUGUUUGGGGUGACAUGUGAAUCAUCCUUUCGUGCCUUUGAAGGGUAGACAAAGGCCUUGAAUCCAAAAUCGGCAAGCUUCUUCUGCCUGUUGGCCUGGUAACCGCUGUAGGAUACCUAUAUGGACAAAUUUGGGAACUAUCCCUAGUCUAUGUGCCAAGCAGCCAAAGUGGUGUUCUUGCAGAUCAAAGCUAAGGGGGCUGCAGCAGUUGGUGGGGAGACAGGAGAGAGGCUUGUUGGAUUCUGCAAGAGCAUGCUAAACUACUGGCCAUCUUGUUGCGAUCUGAAGGCCUGAUAAUUUUCCAUCAACCGGAACUGGAUUUUCCAAGUGAACGGAUAGAGGGGUUUCUUGGAUUUUACCGGAACACCUGUCAAUCUUGGGAUUUGUCACAACACCGUUGAAGUGAACAAGUAGUUAAUUCUUCUGUUCUUCCUUUUGGACAUGGAGAAGCAACCCAGCACCCGGCAUGGUGCUCUGGAAAAAUUGAAGAGCUUCCGAGGGAUAGAGAAGCAAAGAAGCUUCAAGUUUCUGUCCAUGGAGAAGCAGCAGAGCUUCAAAAGGAACAAGGACAGCCCUGGGAAGCGGGGUGACACCGCACUCCAUCUCGCGGCGAGGGCUGGCAGUGUUGCCCAUGUCCAGAAGAUCUUUGCGGAGUGCGAUCCGGAGCUGGUAGGGGAGUUGGCUGCCCGGCAGAACCAGGACGGUGAGACUGCGCUGUAUGUGUCUGCUGAGAAGGGGCAUGUCGAGGUUGUGUGCGAGAUAUUGAAGAUGUGUGAUGUGCAGUCAGCAGGGAUCAAGGCCAGUAACAGCUUUGAUGCGUUCCAUAUUGCAGCGAAGCAGGGCCAUCUGGAUGUUUUGAAGGAGCUGUUGCAGGCCUUCCCCGCAUUAGCUAUGACAACAAAUUCUGUAAAUGCCACAGCUUUGGACACUGCUGCAACUCAGGGCCACAUUGAUAUUGUUAAUCUUCUGCUAGAAACGGAUGCAAGCCUUGCUAGGAUUGCAAGAAAUAAUGGCAAGACAGUAUUGCAUUCAGCAGCAAGAAUGGGCCAUGUGGAGGUGGUCACUUCACUGUUAAAUAAGGAUCCAAGGAUUGGUUUCAGAACAGAUAAGAAGGGACAAACUGCAUUACACAUGGCUUCAAAAGGUCAAAAUGCUGAAAUUCUGCUCGAGUUGUUGAAGCCUGAUGUCUCAGUUAUCCAUGUGGAAGAUAGCAAGGGGAACAGACCAUUGCAUGUUGCAACUCGGAAGGGAAACACCAUUAUGGUUCAGACCCUAAUAUCAGUUGAAGGGAUUGAAAUCAAUGCGGUUAAUAGAGCUGGAGAGACUGCUUUUGCUAUUGCAGAGAAAGUAGGUAAUGAAGAACUCGCUAACAUCCUGAGAGAGGUUGGUGGAGUAACUGCAAAAGAGCAAGUAAAUCCUCCUAAUCCAGCAAAGCAGCUUAAGCAGACAGUCAGUGACAUUAGGCAUGACGUCCAAUCACAGAUCAAGCAAACACGCCAGACCAAGAUGCAUUUCCACAAAAUCAAGAGGAGAAUCCAAAAGCUCCAUAUUGGUGGACUAAACAAUGCAAUCAACUCCAAUACCGUUGUUGCAGUGCUUAUUGCCACCGUUGCCUUUGCAGCCAUAUUCCAACUCCCUGGUAAUUUUCUGCAGGAUAUGUCUCAAGCACCUGAUCCGGACAUGACCUUGGGGCAAGCAUUGGUAGCCAGCGAUCCAGCCUUUUUAAUAUUCUUGGUCUUUGAUGCCUUGGCUCUCUUUAUCUCGCUUGCUGUUGUCGUCGUCCAGACCUCUCUAAUUGUUGUUGAACAGAAGGCGAAGAAGAAGAUGGUCUUUGUGAUGAACAAGUUGAUGUGGCUCGCAUGCCUGUGCAUCUCGGCAGCCUUCAUAGCACUAACCUAUGUUGUCGUGGGCCAUCAUGAUGAAUGGCUGGCGUGGUGUACAAUGGCGAUCGGCACUGUGAUCAUGGUGGCCACUCUUGGUUCCAUGUGCUAUUGUAUUAUUGCUCACAGGAUGGAAGAGAAGAACAUGAGGAAGAUCAGGAGGUCAUCCACAAGCCAGUCAUGGUCCAUAUCGGUUGACUCAGACACGGAGCUACUGAACAGUGAAUAUAAGAAGAUGUACGCACUUUAGGAUAACGACCAUGCUUGUUGUCGAAUAUCGACACCCAUUUGCCUGAGACCACUCCAUGCAUUCAGUGGGAUUGACUCGAAGUAUAUUUAGGCCUAGAACAUGGCAGCUAUGUGCAACUGCAGCCUCCUUGCACAAACGGAGGACUGAAUUCCAGUUGAUAGGAGUAGCCACUUUUGCAGGCAAGAUACGAGUAUUUGCCAAGCAAGAUGUCUACCUCUUAUGCUUACUAUGGUGGAUGACUAUGAAAACCAUAAAAUUGUAUCUGCAUAGUAGAAUAGUAUAGAAUAAUUUGCCCUUCUGUCAUAAGUCAAGUGGUCAUGGAUAUCUUGUGCAACAUUAGACUGGAGAAAACUGAGGCCAAAAACAGUGAUCACUAAUGACUUUCUGGACUUGGACUGGAGAAAAUUGGAACAGCCUAAUGCUGAUUGUUAUUUGUUUGAAACUU